AUGGCUGAACGUACAGCAGUUGGACUUCCUACAGGCCCCAGCUCUGGGCCUCUGACGGAUGCGCAAUGGCAGGUUAUGAUGGCUAUUAUGGACACUAUCAUUGCUCCUUGUCCUGAGUGCGCGAUACCUGCUGGUCAGAAGAGUGCUCUACUCAACAACUGCGAUGAUUCUACACUCAGGGCUUUUCUUGACGAAAAGCCUUCCAAUAUGCCACUGUUCCAGGAGAUUUUGAAGCGCCUGCUGGCGAAUCUCCAUGCUGAUAAACUGUCUGCAAUUGCUACAGUAUGCUCACUUCUCGGAAAUCGGGCUGCUGUCCUUCCUCUUACUGGUUACUUCACACUAUUUUGUGAUCUGUCUCCCCAAGACCGAACAUUAGUACUCAACUCUUGGCAAACGAGCUCUCUAGCUACCUUUCGCGUCCUCUUCAAACAACUCUCAAUCAUCGGGAAGCAUGUUUAUCUCCGAUCAAGUACGCUUUUCAAUGAAGUCGUUCGCUUCCCAUCCACUCCUGUUGGAUGGCAUCCGGUCGAAUCAUACCCAUUUGAGUUCAUGCAGUUCAACGACUCCGAAACCCAUGUUCAACUAGAAACCGAUGUUGUGAUUGUGGGCUCUGGCUGUGGUGCAGGAGUCGUCGCAAGGACUAUGGCCAUGGCAGGCCAUCGCGUUUUAGUGGUGGAUAAAGGACAACAUUUUGAAACCACGUCGAUGCCCCUCGAUCAAAGCGCAGGAUACUUUCAUCUUUUCGAGGGUGGAGGCUUAGUAUCCUCUGAGGACGGAUCUAUCUCUACACUCGCAGGGUCAUGCUUUGGUGGAGGCGGAACAGUCAACUGGAGCGCCUGCUUACAGCCUCAGAACACAGUCCGCGAUGAAUGGGCAGACCAGCGAGGUCUCAGCUUCUUCAAAUCGGCCAAGUUCCAGGAACAUCUUGAUUCGGUCUGUGAGCGCAUGGGCGUCAGCAACGAGCCUAUCAACCAUAACCACGGAAACAACGUUUUGCUCGAGGGUGGACGCAGACUCGGAUACAGCGCUAAGCAGGUGCCCCAGAAUACAGGCCAUGGCGAGCAUCUGGAUGGAUAUUGCUCCAUGGGUUGCUGGAAGGGUCAGAAGAAUGGGCCUGUUAAUGGCUGGCUACCAGAUGCUGCUAGGUGCGGAGCCAAGUUCAUUACAGGCUUUUACGUCAACAAGGUCCUUUUUAAGAAGCGUGGUAGUAAAAAUAUCGCCUAUGGUGUGACUGGAACUUGGAGGCCAAAAGACGGCCCUGAUGCCGCGGCCAGAACGGUGACGAUCAGCGCGAAGAGGGUUGUGAUUUCAGCUGGUAGUCUGUGCAGUCCUAUCAUCUUGAAAAACAGCGGACUCAAGAACAAGCAUAUUGGACGCAACCUCCAUCUACACCCAACAUCAUUCGUAUCAGCAAUAUUUGAACAGGAGACACGGCCAUGGGAAGGCGGAAUCCUUACCUCUGUGGUUUCGAGCUUCGACAAUGUUGAUGGACAUGGCCAUGGCCCUUCUAUGUGUCUGACAUGGUGUAAUUGGACCUCAGGAGCUGACUACAAAGCCACAAUAUUGAAGUACAGGAACAUGGAAGCAUACAUCGCUAUUACUCGAGAUCGCGACAGCGGACAAGUCACAGCGGACCCUAUAAAUGGCACACCUCGAUUGGUCUACACUCCCUCCAAGUUCGAUGCCAGCAACAACAUGAAGGGCAUGCUUGGCCUGGCAAAGAUUCUCUAUGUACAAGGUGCCUUGGAGAUUCAUCCCAUACUUCCCGGUCUCGAGCCAUUUAUCCGUGAGCCAGAGAGUGUGACAAAUGGCGUCGAUAGCUCUUCAGGAGUCACAGAUGCGAAGUUCUCACAGUGGUUAAAGAAGAUGGAAGCUCAUGGGAACAAGACCCCAGAUACCCCUUAUGGAUCGGCUCACCAGAUGGGAACGUGCCGAAUGAGCGCCAAGGAAUCCGACGGUGUUGUGGACGAGUAUGGAAAGGUCUGGGGCUGUGAGAACCUGAUCGUCGCAGAUGCGAGCGUCUUUCCGAGUGCGAGUGGUGUCAACCCUAUGGUCACUACCAUGGCGAUCUCUGAACACAUUGCCUUGGCCAUGGCAGAGGAGUUGGCUCGGGAUACACAGGAGCGUCCUAGAUUGUAG